CUUUAGAGCGUAGAAGGAAGUAAGACAGUUAAAGUGUUUUAUUGUUCUAUUUGGAUAUCAGUUGGUGUUCAUGUAUAUAAUUUGGCAACGUUGUAAAUCAAGAAAAUAUAAUUUUCUAUAAGUUUAUUUUUUAUGUAAAAGAUAUUGAAAGUAUAUAUUAAACUUAGAAACAGUGGUUUUCAAAUCGAAAGUAGAAACAGGUUCAAACACAACAUCACAAUGGCUUCUAGAAUAUUUCGGGAUUCAAACAAAGACAAUGCAGGUGACUUCAUUGGCGAAAGUGCUGUGACACAAUCAUGUGAACCUUGUAUGAAAACCAACAUGUCAAAAACUGCUACGGUUUUCUGCAAGGAUUGUGAUGAAUACCUGUGCGAUACGUGCAAAAAUCCGCACACCGUCUAUAAACCAGGUCAGCAUAACAUUGUCAAUGUACAGGACAAUACAUCUGCGCCAGUUAUAAUCGACAUGAAAGGAAUGGACAAGUGCCAUGAGCAUGCACGAAAAAUAGUGUUUUUCUGCCAGGAUCAUUCUAAGCUUUGCUGCCUUUCAUGUGUACAUAUUCACAGGAAAUGUGACCAAUUGGAUGAAAUAGCUCAAGUAUCCAGACAAUCACGACCCGACCUGCAAGCAAUAAAACAAUCAUUUAUAAAAUUGCGAACUGAGGCUGACGCUAUUAUAGCGGAGUGUACGCAGUCGGAGACUGGCUUAAAUGAGUCCAUAGCAAAGAUUUCUGCGGAGGUGGAUACAAUGAAAGAUCGUAUCAUACAACUAUUUGAAGAAGCAAAGCAGAAAUUAAUAAGUGAGGCAAUACAGUUUAAAACUGCAAAAGUCAAACGAAUCGGGAAUAAACGUGACGCCUCGCUCAAAGUUAAGGAAGAACUAAACAAUGUAUUGUCGAUGUGUUGUGUCGUUAUAGAACGCGGAACGCCCAGUCAACAGUAUAUUUAUUCAGAACAAAUGAAGGAGAAACGGAAAACUAUCGAAUCAACUAUAGAUGAACAAAGAAAGAUUACAUUCUCAUCAACAAUGACAGUGUCUUUUCCAAAACAGGUUACUUCACUUCUUGAGAUGGGAAGCAAUUCUAUAAAACUGAAUUAUGAUGGCAACAAGACAGUGGAAACCAGUCGUAUCAGCUUAUCAUCCCAACCAAGGCCAGUCACUCUGAAGCUGCUCGUAUCCGUGGAUCUACCAAAGACUGGAGAUUAUGAGAAGGAGCCUCUCCUCAGUGGACUUGACUUCCUGCAUGAUGGGAGACUGGUAGCCGUGGAUAACCAGGACUGGAGAUGUAUCAUACUGAAUGAGCGACUACAGAGACUUGGAACACCGUACAAGUUCAAUAAUUGGCCAUACAGCGUAGUAUGUAUGCCUCAUGAUACACUGUGUGUAACGGUUGGUGGUAGUAAAGUAGUAUAUCUCCUGUCUGUGAGUACAGACAAUACCAUCACACUGACCAGGGAGAUCACAACAUCAUCACAGUUAUACUCUAUAUGCUGCAUGUCUCAGUGUAACAUGGUCGUGAGUGCGAUUGAUGAUCCCCGUCCUGCUAGAAUGCUAUCUGUGGACGGGGUGGAAUCUUACUUUGAGCACGUAACGUUUCCUGUGAAGAAGUACAAACCAGGUGAGAGUAGGUGCACGUAUAUCCAGUCUAAGAACACGUUAGUUCUGAUUGACCAACUCGCUCACACAGUGUACAUGUACGACACCGUGAAUGGCACGUCUAGAGCAGUCACUAGUGAGAACAUACAGGAGCCUCGUGGUGCCUGUGUAGGGCCUGGUGACACGGUGCUGGUGUGUAGUGAGAAUAACAACUCCAUCGUUCACCUGAGUGUUGAUGGGAACAUUCUCGGUACCUACCCAGUGAAUAUGAGGCAUCCUUACAGCAUAUGUGUGUCUAAGGAUGGUACUAGGCUGGCAGUGUCCAACAGAUUUAAAGGCAUCAGGAAACUUCAGUUGUAUAAGAUAUCACCGGCCAUGAGUUAGAUGACUAGUAAGAUGUUAUUCAUGUGAUCAGGCUUUAUACACAAUUAUUUAAUACUGAUUUUCGUGAAUUGCUAUGGUCAAAUCAACUCGUAAUACUAUUAUGUUUAAAGAAAAUUGAAUGAUGUUGUGAUAAGGUUUUAUCGUUGAAGAAUUUCGAAAUAUUUCGAACUAGCUAUGUAUUUUGUAUUUUUUAUUAUGUAAAAUGUGUCUUUAUACUUAACUUCAAGAAAUGUAACAUUGUAUAUUUGAAUGAUUUUAAAUGUAUUGUGUAUGUAAUGCUAUUUAUAUUUGCCUUUCAUGCAACUUAACCGGUGUGUACUGUAGUUAGUCGCAUUAAUAUUUCUAAAUGAA